UAGGCCUAAUAGAUCUUUUUGACAUUAUUGGACUAUAAAAAUAGUAGUGUAAACACAGGUGUUACCAAUUAUAUUAAUUUAAGUCCCGUUCCAUUCAGGUCAAACCGAGUCAGGGUGCUGCUGUGGUGCAUGUUGGCUUCACUGGAAAGUCUCUGCUGCGAUAAAUGGAACAGAACCUUAAUUAGUAUCACUGGAAACACCUGCUUUGACCCUACUAUUUCAUGUCAAAAUUGGCUGCUGUGAAAAAAAAGGUCUAUGGACCCAGUGUAGUUAUUAGUAUAAAUGGAAGGAGGGGAUGAAAUAAACUGCUAAAUGACACCUCUGUGGCUCAGCAUUUGCAACAGAAAGCUUAGGGCAGAUCUUGGUAAUCUGCCUGUCAGCUCAGUCUGCAGACUGAUAAUCAUCAUGUGGCCCCGGGGCAGUAAAGGGAGGUGCAGCGUGCUGAUGUGACGGGGAGAGCAGACACCGUCACACCGGGGAGAACAGGAAGUUUUACCGGGAGGCUGUCGGUUGGAAAGAGCAAGUCCCACAUGUCGUUUGUUUGUCAGUAUGACAGGUUUGUGAAUCAAGGACAUUGACGAUCACCAUGAGCAGCUCCAGAGGGACGCCCAGUUCCUGUGCUCGCACAAGAGGAUGGACACUGAACUGGUUGACAGACUGGUGCUGCAGCUGAACAGGAUCUACCCUCAGAUACUCAGUGACAAGGAAGCACACAGGUUCAGGAACCUGAGUGUGCCCACCAAGGUGCGAUUAGCUGAAUUGCUGAAGCACCUGUAUUGGAAGGGUGAGGAGGCUUGUCAUGAAUUCUACAGAGGACUUCACAUCCACGCUGAGGACGUGUACUUCAGCCUGCCCACCAGAGUCACACAAAGAGAGGUGGCAGAUCCAAAAUGGACUUACAAUGUGGCAGUCUACCCCAAGCGAUAUGUUCUUAAUGACAGAGGACCGAUGUUCUUCCUGAGCUGUUUCAGUUUUGUAGUUGGUAUUGCAAUCCUCUACUACUACAAAGAGGGUGAGACAUUGAGAUGCACCGGUCCACUUCUUCACUGCUCUGCAGCAAGACUUAGUAAAACUAUUAUAAUUUCCUAUGCUGAGGUUGGCAGACAGAAAAAAUGGAGUUGUUAAGGUUGUUAAAGAACAAGCCCUGUGAGAAGAACAAGCCAUGAAAUUUGCCACUUUGCUGUGCCAAACUCACAUACACGUUGAGGAACUAUGAACCUUUUUCCAGCUGGCAUUAACAAAAGUCAUUAUGUCACGAAUUCCUGCAGCUCUCUUUCUAUAAAGAAAAAAAAGUAAUGUUCUACCACAGUACUUGUAUGUUUGAGUACUGGAUUUACUGUGUGUGCAGAACUAAUAAGUGGAAUGUGUUAAAAUGAAGUGUGAUAUUAACUGAGUGUAACUGCACACCCACACAGGUGUUUUCAAUCACUCUGGCUGAUUAGACCUCCGCUCAGGUCGAAGCUGAGUGCAGCUAUGCUGGGAAUUACAUGACGUCACCAAACUCUGUACCAAUGAGAAUGAUAAAGGAUUAAACUGGUACAACAAAACUAAACAGAGGGGUGGAGGAGGUGUCAAUCAAGUGCCCUUUUGUACACACACUGUCCUGAGAAGAGGUCUAAUAAGGCAGCGUAAGUGAAAACGCCUGUAUUUGAGUGCAUUAUAACAACUUUUGCUCAAAUAAAGCACAAAACAUUUUGACAUCA